UUUUUUGAAUUUCUGUUUAUAUUGUUACGUAUGGAAUCAUUAUACAAAAAAGUAGUGAACAUUCCAAGAUAGGUAUUGUCCGGGAGCGUUAAUGUUAAAAUAUUUAUAAGCUAUUACUAGAAAGAAGCACGCUGUUACUUUUAUUUUCGUUUGUCAGUCAAGUGAAGGAAAUCUCAUUGAAUUUUCAAUUUUGUGAUCUUACUUGGAUUAUUUUUAACUUGUAAUGAUACGAAUAAACUACUCGAAUAUUGUGCGAUAGCUUAGCUGUGUCUCUCUAAAGGAGACAAUCUUAUUACCGAAUCACGACUGAACAUAAUUUCAUAUACACGCAUCACAAAGUAAAGUUUGUUUAAAUUGUUUGAAAUAAUACAUAAUGUAAAUCAUCCUGCGAUAAUUCUGCAACUAGUGUUGCCUAUUUCACCAACGGAUACCUUGCUGGCAGACAAAAUGUUAUCAGACGACAGAGUGGAGAACAGACAUGGGCCUCCCGGAGUCAAUUCAAGGUCUCUCAGCGCUGCUCAUUCCGCUGCAGAUCUUGAGGUCCUCCGUGAAAUAGACCACGUGUACUUCUCUCCUCCAUCCGAGUUCGACGCGGGCCGCUAUGUGUUGGAACACGCGCCCAGCCCGCCCACUCUGGAAGCCGUCGAGCAGAUGUUCACCAAGCUCAAGCGGCAGCAGCAGGUAGUCUCCGGCAAAGCGCUCCACCUGAUCUCCCAACAGCGCGACAACUGCGACCGUGAGUUUGCCGAAAUCCAAAACAUUCGCGAACAGCUAGCCAACACCUUAGAGACCUGUCGCCAAGCUAGGGAACACCUGCGCAAUUCCUCAAACCAUUUGACUAUCUCCACCUUUGUCAUUCUAGCUAACGUGAGAAAGAGACAGAUAAUCCGUUCGGUGCUGAAAUCUCUCGAACUGCUCCGGAGUUUGCGCAGCGUCGAAAGAGAUGUCGCGGAGUUGCUUAACAAAAAAGAAUACUUUGAAGCGAUAGAACUCAUUCUCAAAAGCAGAAAAGCGGCUGCAAAUCACAAAGAAUACACGUGCAUAGCGGAUUUAGCCACUAGAUUGCAGGAUACCUUAGAUAUGACGGAGGAAAAGUUAGAUUCGGUGUUGUCAUCAAUAUGCUACAAUUUCGAUGAGAAAACUUUUAGGAAAUUGAGACGCGCGUACACUUUGUUAGGCAAAACUCAGGCUGCUAUGGAGCAGUUACAUAUGCAUUACUCUUCAGCAGUGAACGAGACCUCCAUAGAGGCUGUGAAGCCGUAUAUAGGGGAGGUUUCGAUGGAAAUGAAGUUCCAAGAUAUGUGUCAAGCGGUGCAACCAACCAAAGCUCCUAUAUGCCUACUGAAUCUAUGCGAAAACCUGUUCUUGAUCAUGAGGAGUUACUACUUGCUAGUCAACUGGCAUACUAAGCAUGAUGAGGAGGAAACGAGUCCAAGUACCAGUAAUGUGUUUGAAAUAGAAAGGAAUGUCAGCAGGGAGUACAUUAGGCAGAAGUUAAAAGCUGGGCUGAUCAGGAUAUGGCACGACGUCCAGGCUAAGGUGUCCACGUUUUUGAAAAGCUCCGGCUUGGAAGAGUACCCUUUUGAAAAGUUUAUACAAAUGCUAGGAAUAUUAAGGAAAUUGACGCAAGUGGCCGAAGUGUUUUGCGGCGACAAGUCGGACCUUCUGCAAGAUUUUAUCAAGACGCAGAGCGUUUUGUACAUCAAAAACUACCAUAGAGGCAGGAUGGAGGAGUUGAAACUCUUUUUGGAGAACGAGGGUUGGGAACAGUGUCCUGUCAAGUCAACUUUCAACCUGCUAAACUUGCAAGAGUUUAAGCAGUUCAAGAAAUAUUUAAAUCCGAAAUCAGACACGUCUAUGAUCAAAACGCUAUCAGAUGGAACCUCCUCCGUACAUUCCCAAGAGGACAGCGUGUAUAUUGUGAAAUAUUUCAACCAAAAAACAAACCACACACCUUUCGAGAUCUUCCGUAACGAAAACGUAACUAACGACGACAUUUUCGGCCUAGAACCUGAAUUGGAACCCAGUGACGAGUCAGAUGAUGAGCCUGAAGAAUUGAAAAGGGAAUUCGUUGAUGAAGUUGACAGACACGAAUACACAACCACAAAUAACAACGAGAAGAUUCUGGAAAGCCCUUCGAAGAUCAAAGAGAGCGUCAUAGUAACGAAUACCACUCUAUCAGUGCUGAGAAAUUGUGGACAGUACUUGCAAAUCUGCAGGUACCUUCCCCAGAUUUCUUUAGAAGUGGUCAUGCUCAUGAACCAGUUGUUUGACUACUAUUUCUAUACAGUCCACCUGUUUUUCACGUCAGAUUUGGAUGUGGCAUCUACAACCUUAUACAGUACAAAAUUGAGUGCAUCCUUGAAGAGGAUAUCGAAUAGUAUCGACACAACUUCAGGGGACGGUGAUGGAAAGGCGUUUUUAUGUCCGGACCUGCCUCAGCACUUGGAUAUGAAUUCAGAGGAGACUUUACAUGGUCUGACCGAGAGAAUUGUGGCAGUUGAAAGCGUGAUAUUCCUGGCUAAACAGUACGAGUUGCUCCAACCGUAUUUGGAGUCCAUAGUAGCGUCACAUCAGAAGCUGAUUUUGGAGCAUUUUAGAGACAACACGCUGGCUGUAGUGGUAGACCUACGAAUGCCAGUAUACAUGUGUUCAGCAUCUAAAGCUGUCGACGCGAGAUCGGCUCUUAUCGCCAUGUCCCAAGUGAGAUGGGACGUGAAAAACGUCGCAGUGGAACAUAGCCCUUACGUGGACAUGAUAACGCGCAAAAUCCAAGUCUUCGCUUUACGUCUCGAAAACAUAUCCGCCAAAGUGACUCUGAACAUCGAAGUGCUGAAUUCUAUCUGGUCUAUGGUCUCAAAAUUCAUAGUCCAUUUGCUGGUCGAAGGGUUUUCUAACGCUUCCAAAUGCUCGAACGGGGGGAGAGGUCUCAUGCAGUUAGAUUAUCGGCAGUUAUUCGUGAAAUUAGAAAAGAUAUCUGGGUUGAAACCUAUUCCGUAUCAAGACUACGUUGACAGAUAUGUGAAAGCGUAUUAUUUACCAAGGAAAGGUCUAGAAGAAUUCGUAAGAGAGAGGACUGAAUAUUCCAAUAAGCAUCUCCUAGCGUUGAUCACGAGUGCUUGUGAAAAUAAGAGGGACAGGCAAGCUUUAACGGCGAUAAUUGAAGGCAAAGACGCGCCAUCUUGAAUUUAUUUGGAUGAUUUUCCUAAAAUGUACUUAAUUAAUUUUUAAAAAGCUUAAAACUGGUUUAUUUAAUUUAAAUAAAAUAACUAGUCCCAAAAAGUUGAACUUGUUCGUGACUGCACAUCAAAUCAUGCCUACAUAAUAUAGUUAUCCGACGAUCGAAAAAGAUACAUUUUAUCCCUAACUAACAAAUAAAUAUGACAAAAGAACUGGUUGAUCUAGCCUUAGUGGGGACUACAAAAUUGUUCUGUCCUUGUUAAAUAGCGCAAAAUUGAUAUAAAUUAAUUAAUUUGUCAAAAUAAAGUCGAAUAUUAAUGGUACAAAAUUAUGUCUUAGGUAUAAGAUAUAAAAAUGCAUAUAAUCCUGUAUGUUAAAAUAUAGCUUACUAAUUAUUUUCAUCUGAUUUAAUAUUAUGUUCAUAGAUUAUUGAUUUAAUUGAUCCAUAGUUCUCAAUUCGUUUUAGUUAUUUUAUGAAAUUAAUUUUAUCUUUGCAAAGCGAUCUGAGUGGGACUGAAAUUUUAUAUGGUCCUUCGAGCCGGAUAAGUCAUCUUAUUAAUGUAUUGUACUUAAUAA